AAGAGAAAUGGAAGGAUUGUCUGAUGUUCAUGCCUUUGCAUCUACACUAAGGAAUACCCUCAUUCAAUAUCACAACAUUGAAGAUGAUAAUUGGCGAGUCGUUAAGAAAAUGAAAGAUGUAACAGUUUGGAGAAAACCUUCAGAAGAAUUUAAUGGAUAUCUCUUCAAAGCCCAAGGUAUCAUGGAUGACACUGUGAAUGCUGUAAUAGACCAUAUCCGGCCAGGGCCCUGUCGCUUGGAUUGGGACAGCUUAAUGACUUCCUUGGACAUUUUGGAGCAAUUUGAAGAGAAUUGCUGUGUGAUGAGGUACACUACAGCAGGUCAGCUUUGGAAUAUAAUUUCCCCAAGAGAGUUUGUUGAUUUCUCCUACACUGUGGACUAUAAAGGAGGACUUUUAUCCUGUGGUAUAAGUCUUGACUGGAAUGAAAAGAGACCAGAAUUUGUUCGUGGAUAUAACCAUCCCUGUGGAUGGUUUUGUGUUCCACUUAAAGACAAUCGAAACCAGAGUCUGUUGACAGGUUAUAUUCAGACUGACUUACGUGGAAUGAUUCCUCAGUCUGCAGUAGAUACAGCGAUGGCAAGCACUUUAAUCAACUUCUAUGGUGACUUACGAAAAAUCUUAAAAAAUGUUUAAUACAUUCAAAUUUGUAGUAU